AUGCCGGACUACGUACUGAUUUGUGAUAAUAGCUCCGUCCCCACCAACGACCAGAUCCUGGUCCCUGAGACUCUCCUCAAGAAGAGAAAGAGCCAGGAGAAGGCCCGCGCUGAGCGCACCGCCCUCAUCGAGAAGAAGAAGGCUGCCAACAAGGAGAAGCGUGGUGUCAUCUUCAAGCGUGCUGAGAAGUACGUCAAGGAGUACCGCGACACUGAGCGCGAGAAGAUCCGCCUUGCCCGUGCUGCCAAGGCCGAUGACUCCGUCUACGUCCCUGCUGAGUCUCGCCUGAUCUUCGUCGUCCGCAUCAAGGGUAUCAACAAGAUUGCCCCCAAGCCCCGCAAGAUCCUCCAGCUCCUCCGUCUCCUCCAGAUCAACAACGGUGUCUUCAUCAAGGUCACCAAGGCCACUACUGAGAUGCUCAAGGUUGUUGAGCCCUGGAUCGCCUACGGUUACCCCAACCUAAAGUCCGUCAAGGAGCUCGUCUACAAGCGCGGAUACGGAAAGGUCAACAAGCAGCGUGUUGCCCUUACCGACAACGCCAUCGUCGAGGAGUCUCUCGGCCAGUACGGCAUUGUCUGUCUCGAGGAUCUCGUCCACGAGAUCUUCACCGUCGGCCCCAACUUCAAGCAGGCCUCCAACUUCCUGUGGCCCUUCAAGCUCAGCAACCCCAACGGUGGCUUCCGCCCCCGCAAGUUCAAGCACUUCAUCGAGGGUGGUGACCUUGGCAACCGCGAGGAGGCCAUCAACGCUCUCAUCCGCCAGAUGAACUAA